AUGGCCCAAGAUAUGCUCAUUCCAAUUAUGUCACCAACCGACGCCGAAAUAAAAUUUUAUUUUUUUAUUUUUUUUUUUAUUUUUCAAUCAAUCUCUCAACCAUUUUAUUUUAUUUUUUUUUUAUUUUAUAUAAAUAUAAAUAUAUAUAAAUUAUUUCAACCAUGUGUAAGACUUUUUGGAAAAAAAAAAAUAUUUGCAGGUGAUAUAAGAUGCCAAGUUUCAAACAAAUCCAUUAUGUUAAUUUCUUUGAAAAUUACAAAUUCCCCAAAUAGCAAUUCUAGAGGAUCAUCAUCAUCAUCGUCAACAUCAAAAUCAUCAUCAAAAACUAGUUUCACUCAAUAA